CUUGUUAUUCUUACCAAGACGAGUGCUAUCCUGCAUUAAAUUAUUGACCAAUGUCACGACGGCCACAUAAGAAAUCAAGAAAUGGAUGCAGGGAAUGCAAGGCUCGUCACAUGAAGUGUGAUGAAACACGCCCUACCUGUCUCAAUUGCUCUACAUCACAUCGAGUCUGCUCUUACCCAGACAGAUUUAUCAAUUCUCGGAACGUGACUCCUGCGCCUACUUCUCCAUAUAGCGUGGAGAGACCAGCUGCCCAAUGCAGUUCUGAGCGGAAUGUCAUCCUGUUUCCUCUAUUCCCAGUAGAUGAAAAACAGGACGACACUAUCAACAUGGCUCACCUAGAGCUUUUCAAUCACCUAGUCAAUGGUAACUGGGAAAGCUUCGGAAUCAGCCGAGAUACGUACGUAUCUAUGGCUACUCGAGAUGCUAAUAAGGCUCCGUACCUAAUGUAUGAGCUUCUAUCUAUGUCAGCACAACAUCUUGGCGCAACCUUUCCGGGAAGGAGUGAAUAUUACGGAAACCAGGCUAUUCGCUUACAAAAUAAGGCAAUUGCCCUUUUCAAUACCGCCGUUGGCCGUGAGGAUGUCACAUCAGAGAAUUGUGUACCAUAUUUCGUCUUUUCGUCAAUGCUAGGAGCGCAUCAUUUCUGCAAUGUACUGAGAUGCCCAGAAACAGACUUCAAAGCAUUGAUUGUUUCUUUAGUUGACUCCCUGAACCUAUACCAGGGCCUGAGAACGAUAUCGAGGUCAAAGUGGCACAUCGUCGCUGACUCGGAGAUCAAACCUGUCGUGGAAUCGGGACGUGCGGCUCUCCGAUACCUUGACGAAGAGAAUUACCAAACAAAAGAGGUUGAAUCCAAACGUCUCAUUCAAUUGCUGGAUGAACCUGUUGACCCAUUAGAAUCUGCCGCAGUGAAUGCUGACCGGCACGCCAUAAAUGUACUCGACUCCCUCCUGCGCUAUUAUCGAGAAGAUCAAGGAAAUAAUAACAACCUCAAGGGUGUAUUUGGCUGGCCGGCUUUGGUCAAGGACGAAUUCAAGCAUGAGCUUAUUCGAUUAAGCCCAAAGGCACUUAUAAUACUUGCACAUUACGCAGUUCUGCUAUAUUAUCAACGUGAAUUAUGGCUUCUGGGGGAUUCAGGAAGGCUUCUGGUUGAGUCUAUUCACCGAAACAUAGAUAUAUACUGGAUGCAAUGGUUAGAAUGGCCCAUGAUGGAAAUCAGUAGCGAGACUAUUAUGGGCAAGACAAGUUAGAAGCUGAGCUCGAC